GCAAAACAGGUCUGUCACACAACACACACACACCGCACACACAAGACAAAACUUCUACUGUAAGUGUCUACGAUUUUACUACUUGUCAUCAUAGGAAAAUAGUACUACAUGGACAGGAAUAGCCCGGACUAUCUACUGGUUAGUAAAAAAUUGGAAUUGCCGGUUGACAAAACACAUCAUGAACAGUCCAUCACUCACUGCGCUAAGCUUGAAGACACAGUUCUUGAGUUUAUUAUCAACCAGCAACCUCACUACGGAGGAGGAGCGAGUUACACAAAGCAGCCCAACCCCCUCCCUAGCUGAAUCCUGGUGGGUCCGAUUAUGUGAACACUACGCUGAAGAUGGAAGACACUACCACACAUUGGAUCACAUCGCAGCAAUGUUUAGGCUCUUCAGCACAUAUAAGAGUAAGCUGACGUCACAUGAAGCGGUUGGAUGGGCGAUCUUCUUCCAUGAUGUGAUCUACAACCCUAAGGCAGGAGACAAUGAAGAGCAAAGUGCCGAACUGUUCAGAUCGUUUGCCGGGGAAUGUCUGAUGGACAGCGACACGGAAUUGGUGCAAGAAGUGGAUAGGUUGAUUCGCCUUACCAAGAUGCAUAGCACUGAAGCACACCAAGUAUCUGGCAUGUACGGUAGCAGUGAUGAGCAUUACUUUCUAGACUUUGAUAUGCAAGUGUUGGGAUUACCAGAAACGGAGUACGCCUGCUACGCUCAGAAGAUUAGAGCAGAAUACAUUCAUGUACCUGAGAUGCAGUAUAGGACGGCUAGAGCACAGAUCCUGAAAGAAUUUCUGAAGACGCCCAACAUCUUUGCUACUCAAGACUUUCGAGAGCUUUACGAGAUACAAGCAAGGGACAACAUCAAACGGGAAAUACAACAGCUAGAAUCAUGACCAUCGUUAUAGUUAAGUAAAUCAACGACAAUAGGGUUGCUUUUUCGACCUUGUAUUUAUUACAUAACAUAAUUACAAAAUCUAUUACAAAUGUAUCAAGUGUAAAUAGAUUAGGCAUUAAUAGAAGUACAGUAUCAUUAUGUUUUGACCCUAACACUGUACACUCGGUACUUUCCCCUCCCGAGUUCCGUGAUGGAAUCCACAGGCAAAUCAGUUGGGUGUGAUUUGAACCCACGGCCUUUGCAUUGCUAAAGCAGAGGUGGAUUGCACGAAGAGUUAAGACUAGUCUUAUCUCUAAUUAGGGCGAGUUACUCGUCCUAACUUGGGACUAGCUGUACUCUUUGUGAAAUCGACCCAAGAUGUCUUACUGUACCGCUAGAUCACUGAGAUUGCCUUAAAGGGAAGGUACACGUUUGGUAAUUGUCAAAGACCAGUCUUCUCACUUGGUGUAUCCCAUCAUGUACAUAAAAUAACAAACCUAAACAAAAAUAAACAAAUUAAAUUUUGUAUCCCUGAAAAAAAUAAUAUCAAUUAAUAGUAGUGUAAUGAUUAAUUCCACAAGUAGUGUUCUCUUUAUCCCAUGUCAUUCAGUUAGUGUUACACGUGCAUCACCAGGAAUCAAAAGGCCUUAAAUUUAAAUAUUUGUGGCGGCAAGGCCUUUUCUAGUCUAUGAGAAACAACAACAAAUUUACUGUAACGGGAUUCGAACCUGAGACCUGGAGCAGUCUGAACUUGAAUGUGUAGCUAUUAGUUAAAAUGAAAUAUUUUCUCUUGGUCCCAAAAUGAAAUUGUCUACAGUACCUUUUUAUACCUAAAUAACAUUUAAUUGCAUUGCUGUUUUAUGUACAUGUCUUCCAAAGGUACUGCAAACUAAUAGUUGUACAUAGUGACUCUACCUCUGAAAACUAUUAAACACAACUGAUAACCAAA